GCUGCUGUCAGUUAAAGAGAAGGGGGGGGGGAACACUAGGGGAAUGUCUCCGGUGUUAGCAAAGCUAUUGGACUCACACACACAUGCCUGGAUCAAUGGCAGUUGCACUAGGACAUAGACAAGUGCACAUCAGCUUACACUUCAUCUUCCUUCACUUUGCAUUUGGAGGGGCAUCUUCCUUUGCCUACUUCUAUUUCUUAAAGUAGUAUGAAAGACAUAUCUGAAGAUACUCAGAGGACAACUUAUUUGGAUUGGAAGAACAUCAGAUGAACUCAGUAUCUACCAAGCUUUGAGUGCAAUUUACUCAAUAUUGAGAUUGCCCGCAGCCAUCAUGCCAACCAACGAGUCUCUUCUAGCCACUCCUGAGGGUUUCACUGAGUGGAACCCCUUUAAGGGACCCCUGAAGAACAUAGAACCUUGGAACUUCCAGCUAUUGGCUGCCCUCAUGGUUGUGGUAACGUCACUCUCAAUUGCUGAAAACUUUAUUGUCAUUCUUGUUACGGUCAAAUUCAAGCAGCUGAGGCAACCUCUGAAUUAUAUAAUUGUCAACCUGUCUGUCGCGGACUUUCUGGUGUCAGUGAUUGGUGGCACCAUUAGCAUUGCCACCAAUAGCAAGGGCUAUUUCUACUUGGGAUCCUGGGCUUGCGUCCUCGAAGGAUUUGCAGUUACUUUUUUUGGGAUUGUGGCUCUGUGGUCUCUGUCAGUACUGGCUUUCGAGAGAUACAUAGUAAUCUGUAGACCGUUGGGCAAUCUGCGCCUCCAGGGCAAACACUCAGCGUCUGCCAUUAUCUUUGUGUGGGUCUUCUCUUUCGUGUGGACAAUCCCGCCGACCAUGGGCUGGAGCAGCUACACCACAAGUAAGAUUGGCACCACCUGUGAACCUAACUGGUACUCCGGAGAGACGAGGGAUCAUACCUACAUCAUCACAUUCCUUACAACCUGCUUCAUAUUCCCUUUACUGGUCAUUUUUGUAUCUUAUGGAAAACUGAUGCGGAAGCUAAGGAAGGUGUCAGAUACGCAAGGACGAUUGGGCUCUACUAGAAAACCAGAAAAAGAGGUCACUCGAAUGGUUGUCAUCAUGAUCCUGGCAUUUCUUAUCUGCUGGACUCCAUAUGCAGCCUUUUCUAUCCUUGUCACAGCAUACCCGACCAUUGAUUUGGAUCCACGUUUAGCUGCAAUUCCUGCUUUCUUUGCAAAAACAGCAUCAAUGUACAAUCCCGUUAUUUACGUCUACAUGAACAAACAGUUUAGGAGGUGUCUAUACCAGAUGUUCCACUUGAAUGACCCAGAUGCCAAAGAGUCCAACAUAAACCCAACUUCAGAAAGGGGCGUGCUAACUCACAACAAUAAUGGAGGGGAAAUGCUGGCCAUCGCCACACACAUAACUAGUUCAGCUGUAACCAAUCGUGAAGAAGAACAGAGCAGCUGUAAUUCCUUUGCACCAGUGGCAGAAAAUAAAGUCUAUCCUAUGUAAACUCAUCUAGGAAAAGUCAGGAGAAAGACUUGUUCAAAGAAGAAGGACAUGAAGUGCCAUAUUUUUGGAGACAAGUGUUGUUGUAGAUAUCUAAUUAAUAUGAUGGGAGAUGGAAAUCAUUGCAGAUGAGCCAUAUACUGUAUGUAUUUUUGUGGCAGUACAACUACUAUUUAUUUUGUCUUUAGAUAUAACAAUAUUACAACACCCUCAACUUUAGUUUGUGCUGCAGAGAGAAUAUUAUUGUUUGGAAGAACAAAUGCUUUUCCUGGAAUUGGCACCUCAUAAGAGAGACUCCUACCAACAUCAUGACCUCACUGUCCCCUCCCACCAAUCGGAAGCUGCCACUGGGAGCUCUAUAUUCCAGCGUAAGGGGAUAACACAUUUACAAUGAUGUCAAGGAUUUCUCAGUUUUAGAUCAUUCACACAUUAUUCUGCUGAAUUGUACUGCAAUACCAUAUAGAGAUUUUUAAAAAAUUGUAUCCUAAGUGCUAUUUUAAUUGUAUUAUUUAU